CUAUACCGAGUAACAACCCAACGAUUCAUUCUACGAAAGAAUUGUUUGCGCGCUUCGCUACGACUUCACUUUCUCUCUCUCUCUCUCUCUUUUCUUUUCAAUAAUCUUCCAGACCAACGCAAAGAUGCCUCGAGCCGAAGUUGGAUCGACAAAGUACAUCGCCAACCAGAUGAAGUCGAAAGGACUUCAACGGUUGCGAUGGUACUGUCAAGCAUGUCAAAGACAGAUGCGCGAUGAGAACGGUUUCAAAUGCCAUGUCGCCUCCGAAUCGCACAUCCGACAAAUGCAAAUCAUCGGCGAAGACCCCAAGAAAGCAAUCAAUGACUAUUCACGGCAAUUUCUCCGAGACUUUAUACAGUUACUACGGACCGGCCAUGGAGAGAAGAAGGUCAACAUCAAUCACUUCUACCAAGAAUACAUCUCCAACAAAAGCCACAUACACAUGAACGCCACCAAAUGGCCUAGUUUGACGGAAUUUGCGAAAUAUCUGGGUAGGGAAGGCAUCUGCAGAGUGGAUGAAGAUGAGAAGAAUGAAACCAAGAUUGGCGCCAGUGCUCUGACCAUCAGCUGGAUUGACAACAGCCCAGAAGCGCUGCGGCGGCAAGAGGCUCUUAAGAAGAGAGAGCGACAAGAUCGGGGCGACGAGGAGCGAGAACAGAGGAUGAUACAGGAGCAGAUCCGAAAAGCGAAGCGUCAAGAGAAAAGACAUGGCAGCGAAGAAGAAGAAGACAAUGAAGAGGGCGCGGAGACCGAGGAUGCGGAACAUGCAGGAGAGGGGGAAGGAAUCAAACGCAAGGAUGGAGAGAAGAUCGUCUUGAAUUUUGGUUCGAAGAAGUCACCUCCGGCGGUGGAAGAACAGCAACCUCCUACCCCUCCUCUCUCGGACAAGGACGAUGCCACCACAUCCGACAAAAAAAAGGCAACGGCGGUAGUAGACACUGCCUCAGAUUUAUCAGCCGCUGCCGAACGACACCCUCCUGCUUCGGAAGGGCCUACUGGCUCCGGGAACAAAGAUGGCAACAUGCCAACGGCAGCGAAGCAACCGGUCUCGCUAUCCUUUGGCUCAUCAGCGACUCGACCAAAGAAUGUUUUCGCAGCUGCGUCAAAAAAGAAUGCUUUGGCUGGUCCUAAGAAGGCCACGACACUGGCCCCAUCAAGACCCAUGAGUGAAGCAGAACGGAUAAUGAAGGAAGAGAUGGAGCGAAAGCGCCAACGUGAAGCCGGUGGUGGUGGGGUUAAGCCAGGCUCAAACGUCUUUAAGAAACAACGUGUUUCGUAAGACCAUGUUUGUGUGUGCUGGCACGUACGACAUGUUGUAAUUGUGGCCGAGACGAUAUAUAUUCACCUUGUAUAAUGAUAAUGAUUUGCAU